GUGAAAAGUCAUUACACAAUUAUAAUUGACAUGUUGAUUUCAGGUUGUGGAAUCAUCAUUGCAGCAGCUGGAAUGUGAUCCCACUGAAAUAGAAGAAUUCGUGGAGCAUUUUAUUUUUUUGAAUACAAUUUCCUCAAAAAUAUCUAAAUUAGAAAAAGAGUACUUAACAAUUUCUCAGCUAUAUUCUGUUGUAACCCAUCACCAGAUCCAUAUUUCAGAAGAGCAAAUUGCCAUAUUCCAAGUUCUUCAUAUUAAGUUUAGUCAACUAAAAUCAUCUAUGAAGUUAAGUAUAGUAAAUAAAGACACUGCUUUAACUAAAUUCAGAGAUAACUUGGAAGCAUGUAUCAGUGGUCUACGUGUUGAUGUUAGCAAUUUGAAAGCCAAGAUAAGAACUCCUCUUUUGUUAUGUGCUGGUACUCAAGUGUCAACGGCAAUGGAAAUGAUCCAGACUCUCUCAGGGGAAGCUGCAAGUUUAACUAACAAAGCUAAAGCAUAUUCAAGCUAUCAGGAUUGUUUCAGUGAUUCUCAAUCUCAUAUGCAUUCUAUUAAUGUGGAAGAAAUUACACAGAUUGUGCUUUCAGAGAUCUCUGACAUUGAAUGUGACUUGACUUUGAGGAAAAAAUUAUGGGAAGCACAAGAGGAGUGGAGGCAAGCCUCUUGGGAAUGGAGGAAUUGUUCUCUUCAAAGUAUUGAUGUUGAAUCAGUACAGAAAAAUGUUUCAAAACUGAUGCACAUAAUCUCGGUAUUAGAAAAAGGUUUACCUAAAAGUGAUAUGCUGACACAUCUUAAGCAAGUGGUAACAGAGUUUAAACAAGAGCUGCCUAUCAUUAUAGCUCUGGGAAAUCCCUGUCUCAAGCCAAGGCAUUGGGAGGCUCUCCAGGAGACUAUUGGGAAGUCAGUUCCCCUUGAUAAAAACUGUAAAGUAGAGAAUCUUCUAGCUCUCAAGAUGUUUCAGUAUGAAAAUGAAAUAAAUGAUAUGUCAACUUCAGCAACUAAUGAAGCUGCUCUUGAAAAAAUGCUAUUUAAGAUUAUUGAUUUUUGGAACAUUACUCCUUUGCAUUUAGUUCUUCACCACACAGAGAUUUACUCUAUCUUCAUAAUACCAUCUAUAGAUGACAUAUCAGCUCAGUUAGAAGAGUCUCAAGUCAUACUUGCAACAAUUAAAGGAUCUCCCCACAUUGGGCCCAUUAAGUGUACAGUGUUCCCUGAUAGUCCCUCACUGUGCAACCCCACAUCUGGUAAUAUACCUAAUAAUUAUUUUCAGAUGUAA